AUGUCUUCAGAAUAUCGCAAAGAACUAAUCAAAGCUGGAAUUGUAAACUUCUGGAAUCGAAAAAAUGUUUCAAAAGGUGUUGGGACGUUAAGUUGUCUUCAACAACUUGAUUCUAAGCUAGAUUUAAAAUUGCAUGAAAAGCAAUUUAAAAUAAUAAACUCUCCUGAAAUAAUUGAGUUUUGGAAAAGAAAGAAUGAAGGUUCUUACAGAAAGCCAUUAGACAAACAUACAAGAAAAGAAAACAAAGAUUUAAGCUCUCUUCAUCUCGCACAGUUACAAAAUAAAGAUGACAAUAAUGAGGAGGAAUUUAGUACAAAAUAUGAUGAAGAUAAUAAUGACGAACAUAAUAAAGAUGAAGAUGAUAAAGAUGAAUGUAAUAAAGAUGAAGAUGAUAAAGACGAAUAUAAUAAAGAUGAAGAUGAUAAAGACAAAUAUAAUAAAGUUGAAGAUGAUAAAGAUGAAUAUAAUAAAGUUGAAGACAAUAAAGAUGAAGCCGAUAAAGAUGAAGCUGAUAGAGAUGAAGCUGAUAAAGAUAAAGAUGUUUUCUUCUCUAUUGUAAUGGAUAAUAAAACAUUGAUUAAUAAUCUCAUUUCAGAUGAAGAUGCAAAAAUUGUGGAAAGAUAUAAACUAGAUACUAUAGAUGAAGUAAAAAUUAUUAAACAAGAUAUAUCUAAUGUUAUAUAUUUGCUUUUUGAUGAAGUUGAACAGAUAAUAAAAAAUAAUGAGAAAAAUGAGGCUAUUGUAUUGCUUGCUAAAAACUUGGCAAGUGUUGAUCUGCCAGUUUCAGAGUCUGCAUUUGAUAAUUUAUUUACAAGGGAGAUUUGCUCUUGGGUUUCAGCUAUAUGCCAUAACAAAGGUCGUUUAAUUACAUUACGUGCUUGUGUAGAGCAAAAAUGUGAUUUCCAAGGAACAUUAAAGCAUAUAAUAAAUAAAUUGGAAGUGGUAACUGGCCUCCGAAGUGGUGGUCUUUUGGAACCACACUGUAAAAAAAUUUUUUUAAACUCACUUGACUUGGCUAUAACUAUGAGAGAUAUUCUAUAUAUAUUUUUUGAAUCUAAUGCAAACUUUCCAGAUAAAGACUUGCAUAAAUUAUUUGUUCUCAGAUUGCAAUCAUGGG